AUGGAACCCCUCAGCCCGAUCUUAAAAACACCAACUCGAAUACCUCGACCGACCUUCGUGACCGCGUCACCCCGAACCCCUUCCAUCCGCGCAGUUCCCUACAGCCCCAUGAACGAAGUCGUUACUGCUUCGAGGAUGACUGGGGGUUACUCGCCGACAAGCUGGCCGUUCCCUAAAUCGGCCAAACGCUCAUCACUCACCGAUCGACUUUCCUCGCUGAUCGCAUCCAGGGACCUUUCGGAAACAACCACACAGCAUUGCGAUGCGCCCGAUGCUGACCGUAACAAUAUUAACCGAACUGAGAACACAAGACUCAGUCAUCAGGCUACGGCCUCCGGGGCGAGCGAGGCGACAAUGACCCGAAGUUUCCAAAUGCCGAAAAGCGAGGUAUCGACAGCCCGUAUCCGCGCCGAUGUUUCCCGGGAUUCGGUCGAAACUCAGAUAUACGCACCUAGGGACGACGAGAGAAAUGCGACAUCGGAACUUCCUCGACCGAGCAGCAGCGGGCACUUGCUCCAACCUACAGCAGAGGUUUUGGAGCGACCUAUGACCCCGACCCCGUAUUCAUUAUUGCGCAAGGUGUCUGAAGUUUCCGAACCUGGAGAUACUGGAAACGGGGACGAUCAUAGCCCCAAAGACGACGCGCAGCAGUCGAUUUCUGCAUCGCACUACCGAGAAGCCAUGCAUCACCAUCGCGUGAUCCAUUGCACGCCUGUUCCGCGGGAUGAGGAAGGCCGAGUGUUGUCCCGUCUGCGUCCGCUCUUUCCGACAAGCAUCCCCAAGAACGAGCCCCAGAACACCCAAUGCCUCGCGGCUCCCAGCAGCAGUGUGCAGGCCGAAUACGGUGGUUCCGAUGGCGGUAACAUCGCCGGUACACCCGAGGGGAUCAUCAUACUAAAUUCGGCUGGGAUGCCAGAAGCCACGGCCAAUGUCGGGAUCUCGGCGCGAAACAACAGUCUCUACUCGCGGAGACCGACGACAAUGCAGAGCGAGGUCCCCGAUCUCGAAUCUCUCCGCCUCGGUCCGAGACUGCGCCAUAGCCGUUUGCCACUGAGCCCCAGCAUGGCCACGAACGCAGGACGGAGUGUGCCGAAAAGCACGAGGAAGAUGUGGAGUGCCCUUGCCCGCUCGCGCAAAAUGAUGCUCGCCGCGGCCAUUCUCUUGGAGUUAUCCAUUCUCAACGUGGUUGCUAGCGUCACAGCCGUGACUGCCAACCACAUCGAGCACGGGUAUGCCGGCAUCGGGCUGGUGGCGUGGGCCGCCGUGAGCGGUGUCUUUGUUCUGACCUUCGGUGCUCUCCUGGGCGUUACCGUCCUGCAGUACCGCAGGAUGAACAAGGAUCUCGUCUCGGGGGAGAAUUGGAUCGAGAUGCAUCUUCGGUCUCGACCUCUCCCUCCCCGACCCCAGGGCGAGGAUCGCAAACAAGACAGCGGUGCCACAGAGGCCUGGCAGAAAUUUGUCCAGGAUCACACCCAGCUUCGCCAUUAUGUUGAGUUCCUCGAGAGCCGCAUUGGCAUACUCGAGGAAGGCCAACCGAACAUUGGCGAGCAGAACGACGGCCCUGAUACUGACAUGACGGGCGUUGGGAGUGGGCCUACUUCCGGCAAUAUGGAGAACGCCAUCGGCCAGCCCAGCGGCACGAAUGCGGACGGCGGCGCCGGUAACGAUACCCCGAACGCGAAUAAAUUGAACGUGGGCGGUUCCUUGUCACGUCGCCAACUACUUCAGCCAGAGGACUCGGUCACGGAGCCCGAGUCAUGGCAAGGCAGUGAUGGCAACGCUACCAUUCCCAAAUCGGACACCAAGGCCAGCAUCCUCACCGAGCUGUGUGAAGCGGUCACCGAGGGAUACAGCCCCUUGUCUGGGAUGCUCCCGGGUUCACCCCAAACCCCACAGACCCUCAACAACCACACACCCUCGGGUCGCCGCGGCAGCACUCUCCGCCACCUGGCGCUGCCUAGCAGAGCCGUCUUUCACCGGCAUGAGGUGCAGUCGGUCGACAUUCCAAGGGGUACGAAGGAUGGGAUCUGA